CCCGCAUCUGCAUAGUGCAUACCUAGUACUAGGUACCACAUGAUCCAUCAAGACCUAAAAAAUUGGUGUAGGUGCAUUUCUUUUGCGCUCUAAUUGAUAUCAAUCCCUUGAUACCUUAUUAGUCAUAUCGUAUAUCUAAUAUCGGAAAUUCCGAGGAAGAAAAAGGAAGAAAAAAAGGAAGCUUCAGUUUCGGGACCGAAUCAAGCAUGUCUGGUCAGUUCUCCUUCUCCUUCUCAGGAGAUGACAUAGAGGAUGAAGGGGGGGCGUCAAAUUUUAUCGCGCCCAGCGUCAGCGCACCCAUCCAGCCACAACCCGCAGCUAGCGCAUUUCCUGUUGCGGGAAAACCAUUACUCCCUGCGACCAGUCAUGAUCUACACCAUAUGCUAUCUCAGCUACCAUCUAAAAUCGCCUAUAGCACUUUAGAUAUCGAUCUUGACGGCAACGGGACAAUCCAGCUUCCUCGGCGCGAGUUGUGGGAUGUCCGAGUCCAGCUUAUGGCCGAGGACGAUGGGGGGGAUCCUAAGCCCGGACUAGGCAACCAUGAUGUGAAGACCGGAGUAUACGAAGGCGGAUUCAAGUCCUGGGAGUGUAGUGUCGAUCUCGUCAAGGUCCUUUCACUUUCCAAGUCUUUUCUUUCCGAAGUAGAAGUGGCGCCAAGGAUCAUAGAACUCGGUUGUGGUACGGCUCUCCCCUCGUUGGCCCUUUUCCAGUGGAGCCUCGGCCUUCGAACUUGCAAGAAGGAUUCCGUCCUCUCCAUGGUCUUAGCUGACUAUAAUCCAACCGUCUUGCAACUUGUAACACUGCCCAACUUUAUCCUGUGCUGGGCCCUUCAUCAACGAACUGACUCACCAAUAUUGGAGAACGCGCUAUGCUCCGAGGGAGAACUUGACUUAACGCCAGAAGUCACCAAAGCCUUUGAAGACUUUCUCUCGGAUCGCGGAAUCUCUCUUUCUUUCUUCUCCGGUGGUUGGUCGGCAGAGUUCGUUGAACUAAUUGCCUCCAACGAAACCUCCGGAACGGGAGAUGGUUCCAAACGGCAAACCGUCAUACUUGGCGCAGAGACCAUUUAUUCCCCCUUUGCUCUCAACGCCUUUACGCACACCAUAUUUUCCCUAAUGGAACGAGAGAGAACGCAUGGUCAUGCCGCGGAAGCCUUGGUCGGCGCCAAGAAGCUCUACUUCGGUGUAGGCGGUUCACUGGAUGACUUCGUCGCCAAGGCUCGCGAGCUCGGUGCCAAUGUUGAGGAGCUCCGAGAGGAAGCAGAGGGUGUUCGCCGCGGCGUAGUUCGCUGUAGUCUACCCUAGGUACUCUACCAAGGCCCUAUAAGCUUUCGCAAUAUACGCUCAUAGACUCGUAAAAUUAUUGCAAGACUCAGAUCUCAGGUAAACUCAAAGCGAACACAACGUCUUCUAAACGAAAACGUUGAACUGGUCUGGCAUCUUGAAAUUAUGUUGCUCAGGGAUGAGUAAGAGCAUGGCAGGUCUCAAACUCGAGACCACCGUAUUUAUGAUUUGUGUAAUCAAGUAAACCGGCGGAGCUAACAUCUUGAAU